AUGGCUGACCAAUCAGAUCAGAAUAUACAGGCCGUUCUAAAACUGUCGAAGGUGCUGAGCUCCCAGAGUCUGGAUGGACAGAAUAGCAGUAGUCCUACUCUGUCUCUGUCCAGCGAUUGGUUCGGACCAGACCUGUCGACUACAGGGCUGACCCAGGUUCUGGCUGUAUUGGCCCAGGCUGAGACCAACCUGCUGAGGCUGCGGCUAGACCUGCGGAGGCUGGGUGAGGAGCGAGCAGGGCUGGAACGGAGAGUCAGUCAGCUGGAGACGGACACAGAGGAGAGACAGAAACGGAGCCUGCAUGAAGGACAGGAACUCACGCACAUUCAGGACAUGUUACUCAGUGAGCGAAAGAUGGUGGGCUCCCUGAGGACUCAGCUGGAGGAAGAAGAGAGACAGAGCGAGGAGAGGAGGAAGGAGAACGAACGACUGAGACUGGAGCGAGAGAGGGAGGAGGAGCAGAGGAAUGAGCUGGACAGCGAGAGGCAGAGACGGUUGGAGGCUGACCUGGUAGAGAGUGCCCAGCUCGGUGAGCGCGAGGCUCGUUUCCGCAUGGAGCUGCAUGUUCUACAAGGAGCGCUGCAGAGAGAACAGCUGGACAGGGAGAGGGCAGAGGAGGAAGCUGAUGAUGCGAAGGAUGCUCUAAGCAAGGCCCGUGAGUCAGUGUUAACCCUGUCGUCCAGUCAAACCGUUCUGAAGAGAGAAGUGUCAGAACACCGUGACGCCCUAGAGAAGAUGGCUGCCUUAAAUGAAGCCUUAGCCAAGGACAAGAGAGAGCUCAACGCCCAGGCACUACAGGUAGACUAA